CGCCAACCAACCCUAUAGCGCCGCCGUCUUCUCGUCGUUUGGAAUGAAAGAACAGGCAGGUCAAUCAAAAGGUCUGCGGGCGAGAAGCAAAAACGCAGCACGCUAGUCGCCCCGCCGUCCACUGGCACCGGCAGGCCAGCGCGCUCGUCGGCUCCCUCGCGGUCUCUCUCGCCCUGCUGCGCGGGCCGCGGCAUGCCGCGCCAGCAGGCGGAUCCUGUACGCGUCCACCUGUGCCUGUGCCUGUGCCUCCUUAAUUCCAAGUGGUUGAGCGUCCUCCAGUAACCACCAUCAUUAAUAGGCCACCCUCCCCACCCCACCUCUCGCCCUUCCCAGUUGCUUGGCCCCACCUGACAUGUCUUGGUCUUCUGAAUUCUGAUGAUGGAGCUCCCAGUCGUCAAUCAUGUCGUGUCUGGCUCCCUCGGCAGCAGGGCAAGAGUAGCCGCCGUAACACGGUCGGAUUACGCUGAUGUUACGGAGCAGUGGUAUACGGGUUUCCCACUCGCUCGUAGUACUUGAACCACUCGUGUACGGCAUACGGUUCGAAGAAGAGUGGUUGCCUCGCGUGCCUACAAAUUUGACUGCUCCGGCAGCUGGAUACGCCACAAGUUUCAACGGGCAGGUGCUUCCAUUCCCCUCCGUCUCCCUAUAUAUAUUUGGAGUUGCCCGCGUGACCAACUCACACAUAAGAGGCGACAUCACAUCGCGUUCCGCCGCCUCACACGCUAGUUGGAGCUGUAGUAUUAGCCAACCAGCCAGCCUCCGAUCUCCAUCCAUAUGGAGGAGGCUGCGCCCGCGGCGGUCAUGGAGCGGGAGCGCCUCACGGCCGAGAUGGCCUUCCGCGGCGCGGACGAAGCUCGGCGGGAAGGCGGCGACCCGGCGCCCAGCAUCGUCAUCAAGAUCCGCCGCCGGCUCCCGGACUUCGCCCGCAACAUCAAGCUCAAGUACGUGAAGCUCGGGAUCCGCCACGGCGGCAGCCCCACGUCGCUGCUGCCGGCGCUCUGCGUGCCGGCGGUCGCCGCCGCCGCCUACUCGUUCGUCCGCCUCGACGUCAUCUACUACUCCGUCGACCUGCUCACCUGCGUCGCCUGGCUCGGCACCGCGCUGCUGCUGCUCACCGUCUACUACCUCAAGCGGCCCCGCCCCGUGUACCUCGUCGAGUUCGCGUGCUACAAGCCGGAGGAGCGGCUCAAGAUCUCCAAGUCGGCCUUCCUCGAGAUGACCGAGAGCACCGGCUCCUUCAAUGAGGCGGCUCUGGACUUCCAGACCAAGAUCACCAGCCGCUCCGCGCUCGGGGACGAGACGUACCUGCCCCCGGGCGUCCAGGCGCGCCCGCCCAGGCUAAACAUGGCGGAGGCGCGGAAGGAGGCCGAGGCGGUCAUGUUCGGGUGCCUGGACGCGCUGUUCGAGUCCACGGGGAUCGACCCGCGCCGCGACGUGCGCAUCCUCAUCGUCAACUGCAGCCUCUUCAACCCGACGCCGUCGCUGGCGUCCAUGGUCAUCAACCACUACAGGAUGAGGGAGGACGUCAAGUCGUUCAACCUCGGCGGCAUGGGGUGCAGCGCCGGCCUCAUCGCCGUCGACCUCGCCAAGGACAUGCUCCAGGCGAACCCCGGAUCGUACGCCGUGGUGCUCAGCACCGAGAACAUCACCCUCAACUGGUACUUCGGCAACGACCGCUCCAUGCUCCUCUCCAACUGCAUCUUCCGCAUGGGCGGGGCCGCGGCGCUGCUGUCCAACAGGCGCGCGGACGCCGGGCGCGCCAAGUACCGGCUGCUCCACACGGUGCGCACCCACAAGGGCGCCACCGACGAGUGCUUCAACUGCGUGUACCAGCGCGAGGACGAGGCCGGCAAGGCGGGCGUCUCGCUGGCGCGGGAGCUCAUGGCGGUGGCCGGCGACGCGCUCAAGACCAACAUCACGACGCUGGGGCCCCUGGUGCUGCCCCUGAGCGAGCAGCUCAAGUUCCUCAGGUCCCUGAUGAUGCGCCGCGUGUUCCGCGUAGGGGGCGUGCGCCCCUACAUCCCGGACUUCCGGCGCGCGUUCGAGCACUUCUGCGUGCACGCCGGCGGCCGCGCGGUGCUGGAGGAGGUGCAGCGCAGCCUGAGCCUGCGGGACACGGACAUGGAGCCCAGCAAGUGCUCCCUCCACCGGUUCGGCAACACCAGCAGCAGCUCGCUGUGGUACGAGCUGGCGUACGCCGAGGCCAAGGGCCGGGUAAGGCGCGGCCACCGCGUGUGGCAGAUCGGCUUCGGCUCCGGGUUCAAGUGCAACAGCGCCGUGUGGCGCGCUCUACGCGACGUGCCGCCGCUGCCGUCGUCGCCCGGCGCCGCGGCGGGGCCGGGGGCCAGGAAGGGGACCUGCUGCAACCCCUGGGUGGACGACGUGGACAGGUACCCUCCCAAGGCGUACGUCUGAUGGGCCACGUCACGUGGCCACAACAACUGCAUGAUCCCAAUCCCAUUCGGAUUUCCUCACGACGAAUUAAUGAAGAAGGGCGUGUGAGUGUGAGGGAGAAAGUUAUACUUGUAUGUAUUUUUUUUUUCAGUUUUAUUUUGUCGUUUCGUUUUCCUUUCUUUUUCCCAGUAGGUUGCCGUACGUGAGUAGACAAUGCUGGCUUUUGGAAUUCAGAGAUGUAGUAUGUGGUGUAAAAUGAAUUCCAAAAGGUAGCAGUGCCUACCCUAUUUGUUGUCUAGUUCUUUUAUCUCCCUUGGCGUUCUAGACGCCCGUCCGGGGAGGUAGAACGGACAGACGAACCCAACAGUGUGCAAGAUCACAUGACUAGAGAAUCAUCGA